UGUUGAAGCGGGUAUCUGGUGUUGACUCGACUCCAAGGGGAUGCGCAACGGGUUGACUAUCCACUAACUAGCUUAUUUUGUCCUACCUUAUCGUCUCCAAGGGUCUCCGGGUUGCGCGCCAUCAACCCGACCGACUGCAUACACCCCCCCCCGAAUCCAACAAUAGCGAUGGUGCCGAUGGGACACCCUAGUUACCACUCGGCGUGAUAUGACCUUUCCAUUGUCGACCCAGGAGCUUUCAACUAGCUCCUUGCCCACGAAAUACCACUUCUGAUUACCUUCCGAUCUUCUUCGUCAUGCCUUCGUCAUCCGACUACCUCCACCCCCACGGUCGUGCCAGCAUCGCAGGCGAUUCUGGCUCCGACGAUGAUCUCGACUUGGAGGAGCUGGAUCCGAGCACCACCCAGCUGUACGGGUCCCCUCGCCACUCCCGCGAAGAACCGAGUCGACAAAGGAGUCGUGGUCCCGGCAUAGCUUUGAGGAAUCUGCGUGUAGGGGUUGGGAACCGAGUAUGGAGACGAAACGCUUCAGGAACACAAAGACCGGAGGACAUGGAUGGCCUGCUCGAGAAUCGCGAGGAAGACGGACUGCGCAGAUCGCAUGCGAGCUCCCGCAACUAUACCGAUGAUGAUGCUCCCCUCCUGAACGAACGCAGGCGUAGCUCUGCUCGCUCGUUAGAUGUCGAGCGGGCGUCGCAUAGGGGUUCUCGGCUCAGGAUCCCUGGGAUCAAGGCCGCGAGCUUGUUCUUCGGCGGCUCUAAUCGGGCUCUCGCGGAUGGAGCCGAGCGCAACGAAACGAAACCGCCGCGCGAUGUCCUCGUCGGCCAGACACAACGAACCAAAUACCCCCCGAAUGUGGUGUCGAACGCGAAAUACACCCCGUGGAGCUUCCUGCCCCGCACCCUCUAUAACGAGUUCUCCUUCUUCUUCAACAUAUACUUCCUCCUCGUCGCGCUUUCGCAGAUCAUCCCGGUCCUUCGAAUAGGCUACAUGUCCUCCUAUAUUGCGCCUUUAGCUUUCGUCGUUAGUAUUUCGCUGGGAAAAGAGGCAUUGGACGAUAUCGGGCGUCGCCGAAGAGAUGCAGAGGCCAACGCGGAAGAAUUUACUGUUCUGAACUUCGAUAGGACAACUGGGGUGUUGGAGGUCACCAAGAAGUCUCGGGAUCUAAGGGUUGGUGAUGUCUUGAAGGUCCGCAAGAACCAGCGGCUGCCUGCAGAUGUCGUGAUCCUGAAGAGCGUCUCCAAUGACUCGGCUGCUCGUCAAAGUUCUUUGGCCGAGCGACCCGCAGAAAUCACGCAGGAGCAAGCAUUAUUGUCACCGGCGGAGCCUAGCUCGAGCGCUGCGGCUAAUGACACCGAUGUCUCUUCGGCAAGCGAUACGUUCAUUCGCACCGAUCAACUUGACGGUGAAACCGACUGGAAGCUACGUUUGCCCUCCCAGUUGUCCCAAAGCCUAGCUUUCGGUGACUUGCCGAGGUUGAAAGUCACUGCAAGUGCGCCGGAUAGACGCGUUAACGAAUUCAUCGGUACCAUCGAACUUGGACCGCCGUCGGGGUUUUAUGACCCUCAUGUCGACAAAAGGGAUAACGGGGGUGCCCACGAGAACCACGACUUGCAAGCCAAUUCCGCUCCGCUAACCAUUGACAACACGGCAUGGGCCAACACGGUCCUUGCCUCGAAUACCAUCACAUACGCGACCAUCAUCUACACAGGCUCUCAGACGCGGGCUGCCCUUUCGACCUCACCGUCCCGGUCGAAGGUGGGCUUGCUGGAGUAUGAAAUCAACAACCUGACGAAGAUCCUCUGCAUUCUGACCCUGGCCCUGUCCAUCGUGCUGGUUGCUCUGGAAGGGUUCCAGCCGACGAAUGACAAGGUGUGGUACGUUGCAAUCAUGAUCUACCUAAUUCUUUUCUCGACCAUCAUUCCUAUGAGUCUGCGCGUCAACCUGGACAUGGCGAAAUCCGUGUACGGCCGGUUCAUCGAAAGAGACAAGGAUAUCCCAGGCACCGUUGUGCGAACCAGCACUAUCCCCGAAGACCUUGGCAGGAUCGAGUACCUUCUUUCCGACAAGACAGGAACUUUGACCCAAAACGCAGAAAUGGAGCUCAAGAAGAUCCACGUUGGAACUGUCUCAUACGCCAAUGACGCUAUGGAGGAAGUGGCGUCAUACGUCCGCCAAAGCUUUGCCGGUGACUCCCUGACCACUCCUUCGACCGUUUUUGGAACGCAAGCAGGAGUCGGGGCAGCUCCGCGUACACGAAGAGAGAUCGGCUCGCGUGUCAGAGAUGUUGUCCUGGCCCUUGCUCUCUGUCACAACGUCACCCCUACCUUCGACGAGGAAGACGGCGUCAAAGUUACCAAUUACCAGGCUUCGUCGCCCGACGAAAUCGCGAUCGUUCGAUACACGGAAGAGGUUGGACUAAAGGUAGUCUACCGUGAUCGACAGUCCAUAGUCCUCGAAUCUGCCCACACCGGUAAAGUCGUCGUUCGAGUCCGCAUCUUGGACAUCUUCCCCUUCACCUCAGACAGCAAGCGGAUGGGAAUCAUCGUACAGUUCGAGACGGACGAGGGCAUUCUGGACUCUUCCAAGGAUGACAGCGAGAUAUGGUUCUAUCAGAAAGGAGCAGACACCGUCAUGUCCACGAUCGUUGCGGCAAACGAUUGGCUCGACGAGGAAACCGCCAACAUGGCUCGGGAGGGCCUGCGAACCCUGGUUGUCGGACGACGACGGCUCUCCACGCAGCAGUACGAGGAGUUCACCAACAGAUACCGACAAGCCUCUCUCGCCCUCCAAGGGCGUGACGUCGGCAUGGCCAAGGUAGUCGGCGAAUACCUCGAGCGAGAGCUCGAGCUCCUCGGCGUGACCGGUGUCGAGGACCGUCUCCAACGAGACGUCAAGCCCUCCCUGGAACUCCUGCGCAACGCCGGCGUGAAGAUCUGGAUGUUAACUGGCGACAAGGUCGAGACAGCCCGCUGUGUAGCGAUAUCCGCCAAACUCGUCGCGCGCGGCCAGUACAUCCACACCGUCGCCAAAGUCAAAGACAAAUCCACCGCCCAAGAAACCCUGGACUUCCUGCGCAACAAAACCGACUGCUGCCUCCUCAUCGACGGCGAGUCCCUCGCGCUCAUGCUCUCUCAGUUCCGAACGGCCUUCAUCUCCGUCGCGGUCCUCCUCCCCGCCGUGAUCGCCUGUCGCUGCUCGCCCACCCAAAAGGCCGAAGUCGCCGACCUCAUCCGCCACCACACCAAGAAGCGCGUCUGCUGCAUCGGCGACGGCGGCAACGACGUCUCCAUGAUCCAAGCCGCGGACGUGGGCAUCGGCAUCGUCGGCAAGGAAGGCCGCCAGGCCUCCCUGGCCGCCGACUUCAGCAUCACGCAAUUCCACCACCUCACCAAGCUCCUCGUCUGGCACGGCCGCAACUCCUACAAACGCUCCGCCAAACUCGCCCAGUUCAUCAUGCACCGCGGCCUGAUCAUCUCCGCCUGCCAGACCAUGUACAGCAUCGCCUCCCACUUCGACCCCAAGGGCCUCUUCAUCAACUGGCUCAUGGUCGGCUAUGCCACCCUCUACACCAACGCCCCCGUCUUCUCCCUCGUCUUCGACCGCGACGUCGACGAAGAGCUCGCCAACCUCUACCCGGAACUCUACAAGGAACUCAAAUCCGGCCGCUCCCUCUCCUACCGCUCCUUCUUCACCUGGGUCCUCGUCUCCGUCUACCAAGGCGCCGUCAUCCAGGGCCUCUCGCAGAUCCUGCUCGACUCCAUCUCCGGCCCCCGUCUCAUCAGCGUCUCCUUCACCGCCCUCGUCAUCAACGAGCUCCUCAUGGUCGCCAUCGCCAUCACUACCUGGCACCCCAUCAUGAUCUUCUGUCUCGUCGCUACCGCCCUCGUCUACGCCGCCAGCGUCCCCUUCCUGGGCUCCUACUUCGAGCUCCAGUACGUCAUCACCGUCGACUGGCUCUGGCGCGUCUGCGCCGUCUGCGCCGUCUCUCUCGUCCCUAUCUGGGCCGGCAAGCUCAUCAUGCGCUCCUGGAGUCCCCCUAGUUAUAGGAAGGUUCGCGGUUGA